AUGAGCGUCGGGGGGCGUAUCUCCAUACUUGCGCAACUUACUCGCUCUACGUCAGCGCGGUGUCAUUCCUACGACUCCGGUUCUGUAACGUGUCAUGUGAAUUGUCUCCAGAUUACUGUCGAGCAACAAGACCGAGCGUCGUUCAGUUUAAGGAGCCACACCAGGUGAGUUAUUCCGGGUUUGUCAAUAUCAAUACGGUAUGAAUGAGUCUAGCAGGUAGAGCGCUGUGUCUUUUAGUCCCGUGUCAAUGCCAGCUGUUUAUGAACCGCAUGUAUCUGAUGUUAAACUGCUCUCAGUUAAAACAUAUCUUGUAUGGUCCAUGUGAUUAAAAUAUUGUAUAAUUUUAUUCUGUACCUUCUCACUUUCAUCGUUACUUUACUUUUUAGUCUUUCUAAACAACACGUGAAUUCGUUUAGAAACAACUUGUGGGAUAGGUCUUUAAUGGGAAAGGGGGUGUUGAGUAAGGGAAAAUAAGGCUGAAUAAUGUCAUACAAAGCUUUUUUGAUAGUAUAAAGAGAAUAUUUAAGAAAGAUAUCAAUAACUGUGUAUACAAUUAAAAGUAAGAUUCAGUAGUUUAUAUGAGAUCAUGUUAGACUUAAAAUGUAGAAGAAACUCAUUUUCUCUAAUAAAUUAAUGUUAUGUAUUUGAUCUCUGCCUCUAUAAUAUAGUUAGAUAUUGAGAUAUGGGAUAUAUAACCAUCUAAUUAUAGCUCUUUUACUUUCUCUGACGGGUAAGACCCUCCACUUGUAGUAGUAGAGUAGCAGGACAGGUCCUUCAAAGGCCCCCUCCUUUGUAAACCUGUCAAGGACAGCUGACUUCACAGCGUAGUGAAUGGAAGUUGCCUGUCAGGGUCUUGCCAGAACAUCCUCUGUGGCCUCAGGGAUCACACAGUGUAGCGGUCAUGUUUCGCAAGAUAUUUUUUCCCUUUUCCCUAAAGAUGGACUGGGAUUUUUUUGGGUGAAAAAAGACUAUCAGUGUUGUAAUAGGACAUAGAGGAUAUUAUAUGACCUUUGUGGAGUUGAUGUGAUUAAUGUCUGUCCUAGUGUCUUUGGAAACUUGGCGGAAAACCACCUUGACACAUUUACAUGCUCUCCUUUUCUCUUCUUUAAAGGUCAAGCGUAUAUCAUAUGGAGGCUGUGGUCCGCCGGUGCCCUUUCCUCACUGUUGUGCCAAGCGUUUGCCUGCAGCUUGCUGGUAAAACGUCCCUGGUGAGCUAUGCCCAAAAGUGUCCUGUGAUGAAGGAUCUGGCCUCCAGACCUCUGGCUAGAACUCUGUCCUCUUCAGCCUCUGCAUCCAAAGGCACCACAACAAAUGAUGGUCAGUUCACUGUAGUUUAUUCAAUCUCACAUUUUGAUUUAAGAUCAGAACGGUCAACUGUAAUAUGAUUGUAGGCAUUAUUUUUGUUGAUAGAUUCACUUAAAGAUAGAAUUUGAUUUGUUCUCAGAUGGAAAGCGUGACAUCAAGUUGCCCUCAGGUCAUGUGAAGCCAACCGCUGGCCGGGGAGUGGGUACCAAAUGCCCUUUCCUGGCUGCAGAAAUGGUGCAAAACAACAACAGGGUUGUGAGAGAGGUCAGCAUGGAGCAGCAAGAGGACAUCCAGGAAGUGCACUCUGUCAGAACAGGUAAGAUUUUCACAGUCUCACCUCCAACUGGAUGUCCAAACAGUUAAGUUAAAACUGUAAAAGAUCUUUGUUUGAGACAUUUUACACUAAUAGUAUUUAAAGUGCAUAGAAGUUGAAUGGUAGGUGUGGAUAAAGAAAUCAGUGUUAUUUUUUUUCCAGGGAAGACAAAUGUGGAUUUUUCAAUAGUGGGUCUUACUGAGGCAGACAAAGCCAACAUAAAAGCAGCCAAAAACCUCACUAAAUCCAUAUCUUCCAAAGCGUCUCAUCUUCUGAAGGAUAACCUGCCUGAGGGUAAGACAGAUGAUUUUCUCUGUAUUAAUUAUAACUCUGCAGUUAAAAUAUGAAUCUCCUUAAACCCUCUACCAUUUUUCCUCCAUCAGCUGUCACUUUCCAGUACGACAACUAUUUUGAAAAGAAGAUCGAGAGCAAGAAAGCCGAUCACACGUACAGAGUUUUCAAGACUGUGAAUCGGAGUGCCCCUUCCUUCCCUAUGGCGGACAACUACUCAGAGUCUCUUAACGCAAAGAGAGACGUGUCUGUGUGGUGCAGCAACGACUACCUGGGUAUGAGCCGUCAUCCCAAAGUUACACAGGCAAUCAUGUGAGUGGUGCAGCAGUCAAACACUGUAACAGGAAAGUGAUGAUUGAAACUACAUGAGAUGGUAAAUGCUUUUCUGUUCUUUUAAAGUGAGACCUUACAAAAGCAUGGUGCUGGAGCAGGAGGAACAAGAAACAUUUCAGGAACAAGCAAAUUCCAUGUCGAGCUUGAACAUGAGCUGGCUGACCUGCACGGCAAAGACGCUGCGCUGCUGUUCACAUCCUGCUUCGUAGCAAAUGACUCUACGCUGUUCACUUUGGCAAAAAUGUUACCAGGUAUGUUCAAAUAAACUGUGAAAUAUUACUACACACGACCCAAACUACCCGUGCUGUGAUUUAAUCGUCUUAUUCUGUGUGACAUAUUCUUGAUUCAUACUUCUAUCCAUUUGUUCAAACUUGGCAGGUUGUGAAAUCUACUCUGACGCAGGCAACCACGCCUCAAUGAUCCAGGGUAUAAGAAACAGUGGGGUCAAGAAGUUUAUCUUCCGUCACAAUGACGUCAGCCAUCUGAAGGAGCUACUUGAGAAAUCCAACCCCUCCACUCCAAAGAUUGUUGCCUUUGAGACAGUGCACUCGAUGGACGGUAAAUGAGUAUUUCUUCAUUGUACAUGGAGAAUUCAGAAAGUUUCUUUUAUUGAUUAGGGAAAAACAUAAUUAUUCAAAUCAGAAUCAGCUUCAUUGGUCAAGAACAAGUCCUACAUUAGUUUAUAGGUUAAGCUGUAAUGUGAUAAUGAGUGUAAGGGUGAUGAAAUUAUCAAAUCCUUAUAUCUGACAUGACUGUUAUAUAAAAAUGUUCUGCUCUUUACAGGUGCUGUGUGUCCUCUUGAAGAAAUGUGUGAUAUUGCCCACCAGUUUGGUGCCAUCACCUUUGUGGAUGAGGUUCAUGCUGUGGGCCUGUACGGGUCAAGAGGAGGAGGGAUUGGGGACAGAGACAGAAUCAUGCACAAGAUGGAUGUCAUAUCUGGAACUCUUGGUGAGUAAAAUCCCUCACUGAAAAGUAGAAACUCCCUCCACAUUUUCUGCACUUCUAACUGGUUCCACUCUUCCCAGGUAAGGCAUUCGGCUGUGUGGGUGGCUACAUCGCCAGCACAAGCGCGUUAGUCGACACGGUACGCUCCUACGCUGCAGGCUUCAUAUUUACCACCUCUCUGCCCCCCAUGCUGCUGGCUGGGGCGAGGGAGUCCAUCAAAAUCCUGAAGAGUGAGGAGGGCAGGGUGCUCAGGAGGAAACAUCAGAGGAGUGUUAAGUUGCUCAGGCAGAUGCUGAUGGAUUCUGGACUUCCUGUAGUCCACUGCCCGAGCCACAUCAUUCCUGUACAGGUAAGAAAGAGAAUAAUUUAUCCACUUAAACUGGUGCAAGAACCCCUUAAAGAAAAGUCUCAGGUACCUUCAUAAUCCACUUUACAACAUAAACCCAACAAGUGAUCGAUCCGUCUUUCAGGUGUCAGAUGCAGAGAAGAACACUGAAAUCUGUGAUAUCAUGAUGUCUCGUUACAACAUCUAUGUCCAAGCGAUCAAUUAUCCCACUGUGGCUAAAGGAGAGGAGUUGCUGCGCAUCGCCCCCACGCCCCACCACACACCCCAGAUGAUGUGCUACUUUGUCGGUAAGCUCAUAUGUGUAGUUUUUUUGUAGGAACAUUGAAAUUUGUUGGGAGCUGCAGACAUGUCUUAAUUCAUGAAAAAAACGCGCUUGAGAAUACAUGUUCAGACAAACGCAUUAAUGUCAAUGCUGGUGUCCUCACUGUUGGUUCUUCAUCUCUGCAGACCGCCUGGUAAAGACAUGGAAGGAGGUGGGUUUGGAGCUGAAGCCACACUCCUCAGGAGAGUGUAACUUCUGUCAGCAGCCUCUCCACUUUGAGCUGAUGACAGAGAGGGAGAAAUCUUAUUUCAGAGGCCUCAGUCACGUGAUAUCUGCUGUCGCUUGACACUGCAUUAACUCCCCAAAUGCUCUACCUCCUUCUAUUUAAAUUAUUUAUUGUAUUAAGGCUUUUGUAAGUUUCUGUUUGACCUGUGAAUGUGUGGCAAAGGUGCUAUGACAUGAUCUUGUGCUAAUCAUUUUAAAAUGCCUUAAUUUUACGUCAACACUUUUUUUCUUUUUCAAACUGAACCUCAGACACAACACAAACCACCACUACAUGAACGAAUUAUGUGCACACUGAAUGCUUCUUUAAUGCUCUCGUAAUUUGUUUUUUUAGACACAUAAAGCAUUAAAAAAAUCAAAUGAGAA